AUGGCAAAAGUGUAUCCCCACACCCUUGCUGCUUCUUCUUCAUCUAAACAAGAAGUAUUCACUGUUUGGAUGAAGUCUCUGAUUCUACACAGCCAUGGAUGCACAGUGUUCGAUUCGAGUGGCCGAGUCAUGUACCGAGUCGAUAACUAUAAUCACAGAUGUAGCAGCCAAGUUUUUCUUAUGGAUACCACAGGCAAAGUUCUGUUCACAAUAGUUAAGAAGAAAUUUACAGUUUUGGGGCGGUGGGAGGGUUACAGAUUUAGUGGCACAGAUAAGGGGAAGCCCGGAUUUCGUGCAAGAAAAAAACUGGGAAUUCUUGGAGGAUACACACACUUGGAAGUUGUGGUUGGUCUAGAUGUAAAUCAACCAAGUCAAUAUACCAUGGAAAAUCAAAGUUGCAAGUCAUCCUGCAAAAUAAUUGACAACGUCGGUGGACUUGUAGCAGAGGUAAAGAGAAAGAUAACUACAAGUGGAGUUAUUCUAGGUGAAGAUGUUUGGACAAUGGUGGUGGAGCCCUACAUGGAUCACUCUCUAGUUAUGGGGCUGCUUGUAGUUUUUGGUCUCGUCAACCAUAAGCUGUGA